AUUUGUGUGAGUCAGUCCAGGUAGUUUGGUGAUUACACCAGAUCCCUGGACAAAAUGCACCAAGGCUGUCAACACACAGAGAAGGAGUGAGGGCUGCUGAUUCUGAUGGCACGUUAAUUGAAAAGGGGGUGUUCACAUCCUGUGGACUUUACAGCAGCAUGAUCCUGCAAUGGGGGAUGGACUGACUUGGAAUUUUCAAACCCUGUUUAAGAUUCUCUGCGUCCUCACUCCUCUGACCAUUGGUUUGGUCAUCCUGGAUCCUGAGGAGGUCACAUACAUCGAGAGCCAAGUGAAAGGGGUCAUAGGUCGGUCUGUGGUACUGGAAUGUGGCCAGUCUGUGCCCACCAUUUACAUCUGGGGCUUUACCCGGCCUGGCUUCAGUGACAUUCGGGCAGUCCUGUACAAUUAUGGGAUGGGUGACAAGCUGCAGAAAAUGGCUUCCAUGUUUGGAGAUGUAAAAGUCCUCUCUGACAGUGCGGCCCUAGUGAUAGACAACCUACAGCUCGCAGCUGAGGGACGAUUCACGUGUCAAAGUUUGUACGAUACCAACGAUGGGGCAAAACUCAUUUACAUCUUUGUGGAUUUACACGUCCUAGUUCCGAUUACCAAGCCAUCCAUUCAGAUGAGCAUCUCUGCUCCUGUUGAAGGCUCUGCGAUUUCACUGCUGUGUUCUGUGGAGAAUGGAACUGGACCACUGGAGUACAUCUGGAACAGGCAGGCAGCUUUGUCCACAGGUCCCAUCAAUGUCUCUGAGACCACGGAGAGUCUACUGAACCUGACCUCAGUAAACAGGAACCACACAGGCUGGUAUACCUGCACAGCCAAGAACGAGGUCAAUGAAGUGACCAGUGACCGGGUUUGGCUCGAUGUCAUCUAUGGUCCUGAUCAGCCAGCCAUCAAUAUCACUCCUUAUGCUCUCAACUCUGUCGGUUAUGCAGCAAUUGAACAGGACACUGUCUCCAUGACCUGCUCAGCAUCUUCCAAUCCACCCAGCCAGUACAUCUGGUUCCAUAAUAACUCACAGAUCUACACAGGACAGCAGUUUGUCAUUGAGAGAAUUGCUCGGAGUCAGACAGGAAGCUACAUGUGCCUUGCAUACAACACGGUGCUCAACGCCAGGACUAAGACUACCAUCAUACUCACUGUCUACUAUCUACCCGACGGGAAGCCCAUCUGCACUGUGCUAUCUGUUAAUGAUAAUCAGGAUAUAGCUCUGUGGUGCUCAUGGGAAGGUGGGAACCCUCCAGCAACUCUGCAGUGGGUUGACACACAAAGAGAUGGCGUUGAUGUUGAGGGUCUAUCCAGUAUUUCAAGAGUAAAGGCGGGACGGGAGACCUCCAACAACAGCACGUACUCCUGCCGAGCCUCUCACCCAGCUCUGAGAGCAGAUUGGUCCUGCCAAACCACUGCACUGUUGCCUGAAGGGAGACCUAGUUGUUCCGCUACUGCAGUGAAGAGUUUGGAAUACACCAUGCUGUCGUGUAAUUGGGAAGGAGGCCUACCUCAGGCCUCUCUGCGUUGGGCAAAUUGGAGAGGCAACUUCCUGGGUAAAGCUGAACGAUCUAUCAACAAUCAGGUGCUACCGUCUAGUCCAACGUACAGUGGCAAGGAGUUUAUAUGUCAAGCAACACACCCUUUAAGCAGGAGCAGGGCAUGCAGCAUCCGACUGGAGGCACCGGAUCUUCUUACCCCGAGAAACAGUGUGACAGUGUUUGAGGGAAGUGAUGUCUAUGUGACCUGCAUCCUUAAAGCUGCAUACCCAACUUCGGAGAUCGUCUGGCACAAUACUAGGAAUGAAAGUGUCUGGCUCAGGCCCAAAAAGUACCUGCUGCACCAGGAGACCUCUUGGUCAAAUCUCACCAUUCGGGAAGCUGAUGGAGACCAUGACAAUGGAACUUACUGGUGCACAGCAAGCAAUGUUGUGGGGAGUUCAAGACUCAGCAUCCAGCUCCUUGUGAACAAGUAUCCAACACCCCCGAACGUGACCAUCAGCAAGCUCUUGUACGGCCGCCAGAGGACGGAGGUGGUUCUCGAAUGGAUGACUCAGGGCUCUGGUGACUUAACAGGCUUCAUGAUACAGAGGAGGCCUGCGAGACGAUCCCUUAGGGUCCGGGGUACAACUGAGGUGGAACAAUCCAUGACCGACCCAUACAACCCCUGGCAGAUUGUCGCCAGUUCCAUCGAUCCCGCCAUCAGAGGUCACAAGCUGGGGGGCAUGGACCCCAGGGUCUUAUAUGCUUUCCGAAUUCUUGCUGUCAAUCACAAGACAACAGGGUAUCCUUCAGAAGUAAAAACUCCAGCGGACCCCCCUUUUAGUGCCCUGCCAGCUGUGAUUGGCGCUGCGGUGGCAGGAAUGCUGAUAGCUGUUGUAGGAACUGUCUUGGUGAUUCAGUACAUUAUAAGGAACCGUGAAAGCAUUCCAUACCGACCAAUGAAUUGCAGGAGCAGAUUAAUUUUCCGGAGGAUGCUGAUGUUACUUCCCCAGCUGAGGGUGAAGACAUUGUGGAAAACAGAGAACAGACUGAAGAGACCAGCCCAGGUGCUUCAGCUGAGGAGAUUCUCACCACUACGGCCACCAUCGAAUCACCGUCUGCUGGUGCUGAGCAAGGAGAUAGCACAGCCCCAGAAUCAACCGGCACCUGAGAGUCUGAGAUGGACCUUGAGGAAACAGUGGAGUUCUCGCUCCAGGAGGAUAGAUUCAAACUUUGAUCAAGUCAUACUGAUGCUUGUGCUUUCUGAAAACAUGAAAGGGACACUGGCCCAUUGAGCUCCAUGGUUUCUGUUCGAGUGCUGAGCAACUUUAGGAAAUGAUUAUAUUAAUAUGUGCUGCAAUUGACUGGACUAUGAAAGAUACAUGAAUUUCAUUGCAAAUGACUUUAUUGCUAAUAGUGCAUGGCCACCUGUGCCUCCUUCUCCUGCCACCCUCCCUCCCCCCAUUAUCUGAAGCUUCUCCUUCCAGUGAGAUUUCCAGCUGUUGUUCAGGCUGCUGCAUUCAGAGGCUGAUCCCACAGUGCUUGAACUUAGACCAUCAUGAGUAUCAGUCAUUCUUGUAUUUUAUGGCCCUGUACCAUUACUGGCAGCAUCAUCACUUUGGAUUGGGGUCAACAAAAUUAAUAGCAAUGUCAAGUACAGUACAAUAAUAAAGCUCUAUGCUUACUAGACUAGAUAUCCAGAGGUCUGGAUUUAUAAUUCAAAGAAAUGAGUUGGAUUCUUGCUGUGGGUGUUCUGUGGGAGUCUAACACCAGGGGGCACAAUUUUGAACUAAGGGAUCUCCCAUUGAAGAUGGAAAUGGAGAGAUGUUACUUCACAGAGUUGCUAAUCUUCCUCAGAGAGUCAUGGAGUCAGGCAGAUUUUUCACUGGCAGGGCAAUAAAUGCAGCAUAUUAUUUUCCUUCCUCUCUGCUCAUUGCACCUCAUGUUAGUUUUCAAUAGUUUGUGAAAGGCACCCAGGCCAUUUGGACGUCAACACUUGCCAAAGACUCUCACCAUUUAAGAAAUAUUCUACAUUUCUCUUUUUCUACCUAUAUCUUUUUUCACAUUAUAUUCCAUCGGUAAUGCCCUUACUCACUCACCCAGCCUGUUCCAAUCCCCUUGAAGCCUCCUUGCAUCCUCCUCACAGCACACAUCGCUUUGUGUCAUCAGCAACUAUAGACAUAUUGGGAAUUAUCUUGUAUUGGUCUGAAUGCUGUGGUCUCAGAGAGAUUUGUGACAGAAUCAGGUAAGGAAUCUGACCAAACCCACCUCGACCUUAAGGUUAUCAUCCUUCUUUUUUUCUGCACUAGCAGUGAGGCAGGUUUUCCACCAGGCAGCAGUGAGUUGCUGAUUAAGGAGGAGGAUUCUUUGUAAAACGCCUGAUUGUCAUAACUCACCUCAGUAAUAAUCAACUUCCUAUUUUAGCAAGCACACUGGACCUUGAGGAAUCUCAACAUGGAAGUCAGAGUGAGUACUGAGUGACUUUGACUGACUGUGAGGAAGCUCCAUAUUGCUCAGCAUCAAUACCUCAGGGCAUGAGUCAUGGGCACCAGCUGUAUGCACCCCUCAUCUGGGGGCAGUGGCAUCUGAGAGUUGCCAACCCCUCACUGUCCCCAAGGCAGCUCUCCGAUCCACUUGCCUUUGGAAGUGCGGAGCUGCUUCACAGGGUGCACCAGCAUCUCGUCUAGAAAGCAGCGGGGGGCACCUUAAUCGCAGGGACAGGGACCCAGCUCAUGGAUCAGACCAGGCUGUACCUCAGGAAUAGCCACUUCCUCCCUUAGCCAGGUCUUGUUGUGUCAAUGAGUUCAGUCACACAACCAGGCAGCUUGCCUUUGCUGGCCACAGUCCUCAGUCAGACGGACGGACAAUCUCACUCCUGCACCAUGUACCAGCAGCUAAUGCGGCAAAGACAUGGCUUGUGCAGAAAGCAGGCAGCCGCGUCUCCAAGUCUACACAGAACUGUUCUCAUCACAGUCCAUGCAGUUAUCCAUCAGUCAUAGAGUCACAGCGCAGUCAGUCCAGAACAGCCUGUGAUUCCAGUCCAGGGGAUUGGCCACAGUCAAGGCAUUUUUUAGAUUUAGUUUACUUUCCAGUGUGGAAACAGGCCCUUCGGCCCAAAAAGUCCACACUGACACUCCGGAGAGCAACCCACCCAGACCCAUUCCCCUACAUUUACCCCUUACCUAACACUACGGGCAAUUUAGCAUGGCCAAUUCACCUAACCUGCACAUCUUUUGGACUGUGGGAGGAAACUGGAGCACCCGGAGGAAACCCACGUAGAUACGGGGGGAACGUGCAAACUCCACACAGACAGUUGCCUGAGGUGGGAAUUGAACCCAGGUCUCUGGCGCUGUGAGGCAGCAGUGCUAACCACUGUGCCACCGUGCCACCCACAUUCUCUGUUAUGGGGUUUGCGCCUCUGCAAUACAGGGAGCGGGUUAUGGUCAGUCCUGUGGUUCUAGAGCAGAUAGCUGAAAAUGUGUUGCUGGUCAAAGCACAGCAGGCCAGGCAGCAUCUCAGGAAUAGAGAAUUCGACGUUUCGAGCAUAAGCCCUUCAUCAGGAAUAAG